AUGAACAAACAUCAAGAACCCUUCACAGAUGAAGAAUAUCUGUAUGGUCAUUCGGAACCUCAUCAUCAUUACCAACAUUCCGAUGAUUCAUCAUCAGUGUUAUUUCAGUCCAUUCAAAUUUCAAUUCCCGUUCUUCCAUUCAUUGUCAUAUUAUGUUUGAUUUCAAUCAUUGUUAUAUUACGAAUGAUUAAAUUUGGGCAAUGGACUAUUAACUGGCAAAUAAUUGCAAAAAGUUUUCGACAUCAAGUGGUUCUACUCUGCUUAUUUGUGGAAAUUCCUCUCUUGCUUUUUUAUUUAUUUUCAUUGAUCAAGCACGGAAAGAAAGAUAGGCUUCUUGCUGUGGUUCUCUUGUUGAAUGGAAUGUUUUCUGGGCUCAUGAGUUUUAUGCAAGAGAAGAGUCUUGGAUUUCUUGUAUCAUUAAUGGGCUGUUUUAUUGCUAGUCUUGUAAUUGAUGAAGCACAUGUGAGAACCAUAUUACUUUGCUUGUGCUUUGUUUUAAUUGUGAUGAAAAUUCGGAAAAUCAUCUUCCAAAACGAAAACAUGGAGAGUGAACAGUGGCAAGACAAGAGAUUUAGAAACGUCAGAUUUGAAAACGACUCGUUGUACCCCUCUCGUGACAGCGACGAUAGAAACAGUCUUCGAAAUAGGUUUGAGAAUUAUUAUCGAGCUGGUCAAUCACAGGUUGAGGACAGAUUGAUAGCAAAUAGGUUUGACACUUUCGUGGCAGAUGAACACACACCUACUGACGAUGACCUGAUUCAUCAAGAACAUGCAGAAUCAAGAAGUAAGAGUGCCAAUAGCGACUCGUCAGUUAUGAGCUUCUUUCGUAGUUUUCUUCCAAAUCGAUCCUCGAAUUUACCCAAACAACAACAGCCAGAUAUUCUUGAACGAAAAGCAGUCAAGCUUCAAAGACCUGUGACUGCCUAUGAAAGAUAUCUCAAUUCUCGAAAUCAACCCAUUAGGCCUGUACGGGAAUCUGCUUCCCCACUUGAUUCUUCAACUAAUAGGUCUACAUUUACCCAUGCAACAACAACUUCUGCUACUACGGACUCUGAAACCGCAUUACAGAACCGACCUUGGUCCUUAAGAUAUUCGACAACUUCAAGCAAUGUGCAUCCGUCCGUAGUACAAGCUCAACAACCUUCCUCCAUCACUCUCGCCUCAUCAUCCCGCCCAGAAUCUUCCAGUUAUCCCUCCAAUGAAGCUCCAAUAAGGCAAAAUGUGAUUCGAUCCUCCUCUCCACAAGCUCCAUCCAUUCAUCGAGUUUCCUUCAACCAUAAUCCCACCUCAUCUCCACAAAAUCGAUUUGGGGACAUAUCCUCCACGGAAGAUGAAGAGUUCAUUCCAUCUACGUCCACCUUGUACACCACGGAUGAUGACGAUCAAUAA